AUGUUCACAAAAAUCACAUUACUCUCUUGCCUAGUAGCUGUCCUAGCUCAAGAACCAGUACCAAUAAUUUCCUCACAAUCCGUCAUCGAACCCGACGGUUCUUCCAAAUGGAACUACGAAUCUGCAGAUGGUUCCAGUCAGCAGCAAGUAGGACAACAACUUGCUGAGGGAGGACAAGCUGUCCAAGGAGUAGCUCAAUGGUACGAUCCUCAAGGUACUGUUCACACUCUUCAAUAUGUUGCCGAUGAGAAUGGAUAUCAACCAAACAGUGACGAUUUACCAGUGGCACCAGAAGUACCAGCUUCGGUAAUGAGAGCUUUGGAAUGGAACGCUGCACAUCCUGAAGAGGAGAAUUAA